ACCUAUUCUAACCGACCCCGGGCCGGGACCCCUCUACUGCUCUACAAACAAACAGCUCUUCUACGUACAUACAACCUCGAGGGACUUUGGGCAAAUAGACACGAUCGCGAAGCGGAUCAUAUAGCCCGCCCGCCCGCUGUUCGCCGCAUCGUCAGGGCAUCGAUCUCAUCGAGGCCUACACCGCCGACACCUCCACCACCACCUCCACCACCAAGCAGCACACAUCUCGUCAUCUAGACAAAACAGACCAAACAGCCACCAAGAUGCGCCCCCCAACAACCCCCCUAGCCGGCGCCGCAGCAGCCACCGUCCUCCUUCUGGCCGGUGGCCUCCCCGCGACAAUCACCACUGCCGCUGCCGCCGCCCAACCGGCCGAAAUAAUGCGCUGCAAGGAAAUCGUCGUGGACGGACACAAGUACGACUUUGGCGAGCUCGGCGGGCCGCACACGGUGGUGACGAACGAGUACGAUCCGCCGGCAUACUACAAUUAUACGUACACGCUGGACAUCUGUGCGCCGCUGAAGAGGAAGGGGGACCUAAAGAAGGAGGAGCAAUGUGGGGGGGAUGCUCGAGUCUGCAGACUCAAACACCACUACUCCCCCUCGGACAAGAAAUCCACUUUCGAAACAGCCACCACCCUCGCCGGCGGCUCCUCCUUCCACUACGAAGCCACCAAGCUCGAUUCCUCGUCCGACCACAAAGACGGCGGCGUCAAGUUGACGUUUUCUGGGUACAAACACCAAGGGCGACAGCAAAAGGUGGUCAUCAAUUUAGUCUGCAACAAGACUCUAACUGGCACGGAAGGCGAAGUAGAAAGCAGCGAGGACAUUCAAUACGAGAAGCCCAAGCUUCUUCUUGCGACAAGAGAUGACGAUAAAAAGAAAGAGGAAGAAGGCGACGAUGGAUACCCCGAGACGCAAAUACUCAAGAACGGGACGGCGACGGCGCUGGUGUGGAAUGGAUAUAAGCGGGUUGGUGACGAUGUGGAUCAGCUUGAGUUGACGUGGAAUACCAAGUUUGCUUGUUUGGAUGCUUCUGGUGGCGGCGGUGGCGGCGACAAGGAUAAGCCUAAAGAUGGUGAUGACAAGGAUAAGCCGAAGGACGGGGACAAGGACAAACCCAAGGAUGGCGACAAGGACGGCGGCGGCAACAAGGGAGGGAAUGGCGAGGAGGAUAUCAACAAGUCUUGGGGGUUCUUUACUUGGCUUGUGGUUCUCCUCUUCCUAGGCAUUGCCGCCUACCUCAUCUUUGGCUCCUGGCUCAACUACAACCGAUACGGCGCGCGUGGUUGGGAUCUCCUGCCGCAUGGGGACACGAUCCGCGACAUUCCUUACCUGCUCAAGGACUGGACGAGACGGGUGUUGAACACCGUGCAAAGCAGUGGGAGUCGGGGAGGGUACUCGGCUGUCUAGGAGGUGCCAGCAGUCGAGGGUGGAUGUGAUUUGGAGGUGGAGGGGGCAUUGUGGUGCUACUGAAGAGGAGGAGGCGGAAGAGGAUGAGCCGGGGGUAUAUGUACGAGAUGUCUUAGCAGUGGGUCGAUGAUAGGAGGAUGGGUUGACGAAUGGUGAAAGGAGGGAAAGACGCAAAGGAUCGGAUACGAUGCAAACAGAACCGCUGCUACUGCUUGCUUGCUGUAAGCUGUCAGGACGCGCACGAUGCAGAACCUCCGAAAGGAUUGUUUCCAGUUAGAAGACUUUUUUUU